AUGAAAUUUCAAGCAUGUCACAGUAUUAGAAAAGAGUCUCUUGAUUCCGGAGGAAAGCUUGGUACGGUAGCGCCAGGAAAGACGGGGUUGCAGGAGUCAUAUAGGCUACCGAAACGGAAAAGGACCAGGAUGGCGAUCUGUACUUAUAACGCACGUACGCUUGCAUCGGAAGCGGCCAUCGAAGAUCUGAUGAUGCAAGCCAAGAAGAUCAAGUACGACGUCAUCGGACUGACCGAGACGAGACGACGUCACCCUCUCAACGCCGUAUAUGAAACUGGAGAAGAACUGUUCUUAGGAACAUGCGACAGUAGAGGUGUUGGUGGAGUUGGCGUCCUCGUCAACACGAGUAUGGCAAAGAACAUCAACUCUUUCGAACAACUCGAAUCGGAAGUCUGCGGAUGA